AAAAUUAGAAUACUAAAAUUGCUUAUAACUCAAAAAUUAUGAAGAAAAAGUAAUUAAACAAAGAAAAGGUACUAAAAUCGGGAAACUGAAUCGGAGUGAGGUGUUUGGUGUGCGAGUUAGAAACAUCAAGAGGAAGAGGAUGAUCGGAGUCGGAAAGAUAAAGCAGUACGGUAACGUCCUCGACAAGCCCCUUAACAAGGGCAAGACUGAGGUUAGUUUGAGUGCAUUUGCGUUCUUGUUCUCCGAGCUUGUUCAGUACAACCAAACUCAGGUUGACAAUAUCGGCGAACUCGAACGAAGACUGGAGGAUGCUGGAUAUGCUGUUGGGGCUCGUGUUCUUGAGCUACUAUGCCACAGAGAUAAGGGAAACAGGAGGGAGACACGGUUGUUGGGUAUUCUUUCUUUUGUACACAGUACAGUGUGGAAAGUACUAUUUGGAAAGGUAGCUGAUUCAUUGGAGAAAGGAACUGAACACGAAGAUGAAUAUAUGAUCAGUGAAAAGGAACUCCUAGUAAACAAAUUCAUUUCUAUCCCAAAGGACAUGGGAACAUUUAACUGCGGUGCAUUCGUUGCUGGAAUAGUCCGGGGUGUUUUGGACGGUGCCGGGUUUCCAGCUGUUGUAACAGCUCAUUUUGUGCCCAUGGAAGGCCAACAACGACCUCGGACAACCAUUUUGAUAAAAUUUGCUGAAGAGGUAUUACGCCGAGAAGCAAGAUUAGGCUGAUAUUUAUACUGAGAUUUUUCAAUUAAGAUAUAUCUGUAAUGCUGAACGCCAAUAUAGAAAGAUGUGGAACUUUCACCUCUGCGUGUGAAGAGAAUUUUAGGAUUCUGACCAGCCUAUCCUUUUGAUAUGUACUUCAAAAUCAUUUUUCAUUCUAUUGUAUGUUGUGCUUUGAAGCUGGUAAUUGUUCUUAAUGUCCUGAAUUUUCAUGUACAAAAAAGCACCGUGUUGUUCAGAUGGAAACUGAUUUCCUCCUUUCCCUAUUA